UGUAAGCUGUGGUAUGUUUACUUUGUUUGGUUUAAAAUUUAAAUGUGGUUUAAAUUCAGUGGAAGAUAGUCGUAUAAAACAAGAUACAAAAGGUCAAUAGAGAAUGAAAGUUUAGUGUAUUAAAAAUGCUACUAUUAUUUGUAUAACUUAUAAACGAAAUAUGUGAUCUUGUAAUUUAUUGUUCAUACAGUGUUCAAAUGAAUUAUUUAUUUUAUUAUUAGUGCAGACGUUCUUCGUCUUGUGUAGUAGGUACAUUAGUGUUAAUUGAAUUUGAGAACAUUUCUUAAAAUAUAAAAACCAGUACCAAAAAGCAUUCGAAAAUGUCUCUCACUAUGACAAAAAAGUUAUGUGAGAGUCAGACAGAAACUGUACAAUUUAUGGCGAUUGAAAAAAUCCAAACAAAUUGUAAUCAAGAAAAAGAUUGUUGUAGUGGAAGUACAUUACUAAGGAGAGGAAAAAAAUUAGAAGACAAUAAUAAUUUGUCUAAAGAAGACAUAGAAUAUAUUAAUUACAGACAACUUCUCAAGUUCGAACAAGCACCAGUGUAUUUACAGCAUAAUCCAUUUAUCAGAGAUGGCUACCGGAAAUUGCUACCAACAAGACUCUGUUGGGAGAGCAUAUUCUGGUGGACGAACGAAACGAUGAAUAUAUGGACACAUAUAUUCGGUUUCUUUCUGCUUGGGUCAUUGACAAUCAACGAUCUUGCUAUAAUAAACAUACAUGCAACUGUAACAGACAAGACUGUCGCUGCUAUACUCUUCUCAUGUUUUCUAAUAUGCAUGGCGUUAUCGGCACUGUAUCAUACGUUCUCGUGUCGUUCGGAGUCGGAUUACAACACGUUCCUAAUGUACGAUCUCUUUGGAAUCGCUCUCUCGCUGUUGGCUAUUUACACGUCGGGCAUUUACUACGCAUUCUGGUGUAAUCAUGGCCUCCAAACCUUCUACAUGCUGUCUGUGACCCUUAUCUUCACGGUGGCGAUGCUGCUGCAGGUACCCCGUUUUGAGGUGCCUUAUAUUGUGAAGAUGUGUGUGUUCAUUGGAUGGGCGGCGUAUGGUGUUGUACCUACUUUGCACUGGACUUACGUUAUGGGCGGGUUUCAUAAUCCUAUGGUUGAGAUGUUUUUCCCCCGUGUUAUUGGAAUGUACGUAAUAAGUGGAACUGCUUUUGCAAUUUAUGCAUUUAAGAUUCCCGAACGUUGGUACCCAGGUAAGGUGGAUUACAUCGGCCAUUCUCACCAAUGGUGGCAUGUUCUAGUUCUAGGCGCUCUUUACUAUUGGCACAACACAGCCAUGAUGUAUGUACAGUAUCGUAUGAACCACGGCUGCGCUAAUAAUAUGAGAAUUUUCUAGAACGGUACGUCCUUCAUAUUAUAGAAUAUUCCAAUUACAAAAUUCGAGUACGACAGAUAUUCUACAUUUAAAAAUUAUGUUGCCUUAUGCCAGAAGCAUUCAGAAUAUGACAUAUUUAAAUUUAGAUUAUUACAUUUUGUUGCUACAUCCAAGGAUUUUUCACAGCUAAGUAAUGUUGCAAAAUUUUAAAAUAUGACAGCACACUUAUAUUUAGAAUAAUAUUUCUUGUAAUAAUGUUGAAUAUUCCAAAUUUAAAGAUUUUGUUGUAUUGUAUCUUAUAGAAAAAAUGAUUUGAUAUUGCUCUGCGAGAGACUGCUCAAUAAAGAAAGCGAAUAAUGUAUAUUAUAUAAGAUCAAUUAAUAUUUCAAUGUUAAUUCUAGUUAAACAAUUUUAGAUUUUACAGCUAUAGUACGAUCUACAAUCCCAAACCAUAGUCAUAGUUUGACGUUAAAAUAUGUGAGAAGCCAAUAAUAGCUCUCGAACCAAACGUACCUAAUAAUAAUUAAGAGAUCUAUUGUUUCAAAAAAUGGUAAUCAAAUAUUAAAAUUUUGGAUAUUGCCAAUACUUGUUACAAUACGGCAGCAAAUUGUUUAUGUCAGCUACUUUUAAAAUCAUUAGAAUUAUAUAAAUUGUGAAGACUUUUGCUCAAGCGUUAUUAAUAAUGACAAAAUAUUUUUAUACAUUAUUAAUUAAAAUUAAAUGUUGAGUUUUAAAUUUACUUAGAUAUAAGCAGCUAUUUAUUUGUACUUUUCAUUUAUUUGUCUUGUGAAAUUUAAUUUCAUAACUAACAUGUUUGAAGAAUUUGUAACAAAAUCUCUAAACAAAUGAUUCCAAAAUAUUUACGCUAUAAUUAAAAGAAUUAUUUGUUAAAAAAAUAGUAAUCCCAAUAUUAAAAUUUUAGAUGUUGUCAAUACUUGUUACAAUAUGGCAGCAAAUUGUUUAUGACAGCUAUUUUUAAAAUCAUUAGAAUUAUAUAAAUUGUGGAGAAUUUUGCUCAAGCGUUAUUAAUAAUGACAAAUAUUUUUAUACAUUAUUAAUAGAAAUUGAAUUUUGAGUUUUAAAUUUAUUUAGAUAUAAGUAGCUAUUUAUUUGUACAUUCCAUUUAUUUGUUCCCAUUUAUUUCAACAAAUGAUUCGAAAAUGUUUGUGCUAUAAGAUCUGAUUUUUUACUUCUUAGCAUUUAUAAUUACCACCUGUGAUGACUUUCUUAUGUUUUUUACUUUUAUUCAUUUUA